AAAUUCUAACAAAUUUUCUUUCAUUUCUCCGACGGUCGACGAGGCGUUCGUUCGAUCGUUUGGUCACGUCAUCUUUUUUAUCUUGUAAUGACUGAUUUUUGCGUCCCACAUGCUUAGGGGUAAUCGAAUUAAGAAGAAAUCCAAGAAUCCCCGCACUAGAAGAAAAGUUCGAGUGACCGCGGACGUAAAUGUGAACUAGAAAGUGUGUGAACGGAGUCGCGAGGUGUCUCGUCCGUCUGGUUCGAUCUGGAUUUUAGCAGUUUGAACCGCGAGUCGGGCUCCCUUUUUCCCGUUAAUCAUUAAUUUUAAAGUUUGGUGGUGUAUUUAAAGACUUAUUUAUUUAUUAUUGUCCGUUAUUCGGAGUGUUUUAGUGGUGUAAUCGUUUUAUAAGUCGCGUAUCAAGAUGUCUGAAGAGUCGUCCGCCGAUCGCAAUGUCGAAAUAUGGAAGAUCAAGAAGCUCAUAAAGAGCUUGGAGAUGGCCAGGGGAAAUGGCACAUCCAUGAUAUCCCUUAUCAUCCCGCCCAAGGACCAGAUCUCUCGCGUGUCCAAGAUGUUGGCCGACGAGUUCGGCACCGCGUCCAACAUCAAGUCACGCGUCAACCGCCUAUCGGUGCUCGGCGCCAUCACCUCCGUACAGCACAGGCUCAAGCUCUACACUAAAGUGCCUCCAAACGGCCUAGUGAUCUACUGCGGCACCAUAGUCACCGAAGAGGGCAAGGAGAAGAAAGUCAACAUUGACUUCGAGCCAUUCAAGCCCAUCAACACCUCGCUGUACCUGUGCGACAACAAGUUCCAUACCGAGGCGCUCACGGCGCUGCUAGCUGAUGACAAUAAGUUCGGAUUCAUCGUCAUGGAUGGUAACGGCGCGCUGUUUGGUACGCUGCAGGGCAACACCAGAGAGGUGCUCCACAAGUUCACGGUGGACCUGCCGAAGAAGCACGGUCGCGGUGGUCAGUCUGCGCUGCGUUUCGCGCGUCUCCGCAUGGAGAAGCGGCACAACUACGUGCGCAAGGUGGCCGAGGUGGCCACGCAGCUCUUCAUCAGCGCCGACCGCCCCAACGUGGCCGGCCUCAUCCUGGCCGGCUCGGCCGACUUCAAGACCGAGCUCAGUCAGUCCGACAUGUUUGAUCCUCGCCUGCAAGCCAAGAUCAUUAAGCUGGUGGACGUGUCCUACGGAGGAGAGAACGGGUUCAACCAGGCCAUCGAGCUGGCGGCCGAGUCGCUGCAGAACGUCAAGUUCAUCCAGGAGAAGAAACUCAUUGGACGGUACUUCGACGAGAUCUCGCAGGACACUGGCAAGUACUGCUUCGGGGUGGACGACACGCUGCGCGCGCUCGAGCUCGGCGCCGUCGAGACGCUCAUCUGCUGGGAGAACCUCGACAUACAGAGAUACGUCCUCAAGUCGCACGCUACCAACCAGGAGACCAUCCUGCACCUCACGCCCGAGCAGGAGAAGGACAAGUCACACUUCACCGACAAAGAGAGUGGGGUGGAGCUGGAGCUGGUGGAGUGCCAGCCGCUGCUGGAGUGGCUCGCCAACAACUACAAGUCGUUCGGCGCCACGCUCGAGAUCAUCACCGACAAGAGCCAGGAGGGCAGCCAGUUCGUGCGCGGCUUCGGCGGCAUCGGCGGCAUACUUCGAUACAAAGUUGAUUUCCAAUCUCUUCAGUUGGACGAACCGCUGGACGACGUCGACCUCGACGACUAUUAAACAGCUCAGAACGUCGCGCACUUGGCACCUUGUCGUAUUAUACAACACUCAGAGCGUUAAGCGUUAAACGCACUCGAAUGUAUCAAGUUUACUGAGACAGAGUGCUAUAGUGCUCCAUGUUUUGUAGGCUGUGUAUUUUGGCGAGAUUUACACUAACUAUAUGAACUUUCAAAGUUUUUUGAGCGAACUUAGUGCUCCAAAUUUGACCUUAAUAUAGUAUCCAUUUUGAGUAGAAUUGGUUUAGUGUUUAACAUUUUUUUUUUUACGAUUUUGUCAUUUGAUAUAAAAUAUGGUCAGUGUAAAUCGCUCUAAGUGUGUGUGGGGCUCGAAGUAACACGUUUAUAGAAUCACUGAUAAAAUAUGCUUGCAGUAUUUGAACCCCAUAGUUAUGACCACCACUCGGAUGAUAUGGUUUAGUACGCCAAUAAUAGAGUAAUAUGAAAUAUAACUACUGUACUCAAAAAACGAGUGACUCUUACCUUAUUUUCAUAGCUUAAGUUUAUGGUACAGCAUGGCGCCUUGAGUAAUUUUCCCUUGGACUCUUCAAAUGUCAUUCAUAUCGAAAAAAAAGACGAUUAGAUAUUUACUUCGAAACAUAUUUCCUUGUGGUGGUCACUUCUGAUCAUAACCUACAUUUGCAGACGAUGUGAAACGAUUUUUGAACACGUAAUAUUGAAUAUUUUAAUUAUUUUUUAUCGUGAGUUUUAAGAUACGAACUCCCAGAGCAAAAUUGGUAUAUUUUUUAUUCUAAAUCGUGUUACGUGAAACAGUCUUCGUUGCUUAUUGCGGGUUAAGAUCGGGAAAUAUUCCGUCGCUUUCCAGUCCACCCCAGGCUUGAUACAAUCUCGGUAUUACACAUUGUUUCGCCGUCCCCUUUCGCCUGUACUAGACCUUAGACGUCACCCAGUGGUACAAGUGUCACACGGCACGUAAAUCAUCUACACCUAAAAGCAUCGGACAAAAUUGCAACACCAACUGUGAGAUAAAACUUGAAAACCGCACUGAUAUUUAAAGACGGACACACGGACACGCAUUUUAACUUAUAACACCGAUCCUUCGAGUCUGAGGUUAAAACAAGACUAAUAAUAUAUCUUACUCGAUACAAAGAUUUCAACGUAAUUUUGUAUGGGUUUACCUGCCUAUGGUUGAGUUAAUAGUUCGUGAUAGACAAAGCUAUUUUUUAUUACUUUGAUCUUGAGAAACCAUCUGAAAGUCACCUUGGCGAAAUCUUGUGUAGUGUAGACACUUUCCGCUGGCGUGACAGUAAUGUAUUUAUAUAUUGUAAAUGAUUUGUUUGAAACCAUGCAAUGCCUUCAGCAUUAAAUAGCAAUAAGUAGUAUCAUAGACUCAUAAUAUAUAAUAAACGAAACACCAACUGCCUGCCCAGUUUUUAACCUCGAUGCUAGAAGUUAAGGUAUAUUACUAUAGUCAAAGAUACAUUGAUUGAGUAAGAUGCUUAAAACCUAAGACAAUUUCGUGCUUCGUAUUUGACAGGUAAGCGAGAUGGCGCUGUACAGCUCCAUACGUUUUGCGGUAGCUCUGAUUGACAAAAGUUGACGUUUGACAAUUCAGUGCCCGAGAAAUACAGCGCCAUCUGUUUUGGAUGUAAAACUAAGGGGCACGUUUUUUUCUUAAAAUUUACCUCUAUUACAAUCAAUUCUCAUUGCCAUAGUAUACUUUUUUAUAAAACUUACAAUUUCCAGUAGGGUUUUACUAGGUUUGAACUUUUUAUUUCUUGAAUUCCAUGGUAUGAAUAAAAAAUCUUUAAGAUAAAGUUAUCAUUCUUUCGUUUUAAUACAAUACAUUCGUUUAGUUUAUAUGAAUCUGGGCAGGCAUUCACAUAUUAAUCUACGAAUCUAGACGCCUGAAAGGCAUACACUGCAUGACCAGUGAAGAUCGAGAUGGCUUAUAAAAUAUAUUUUGUAUUACUAUAGUUUAUCCCGAGUUAUCCCAGUAGAUAACUUCUAAAUCUAUCUAUCUCUAAUUUCUAUCUAUCUAUCUAUAAUUUUACUCAACGUUUGGUAUGUUCUAGUCAUAGAUUUAGGUUUUAAACGGUUUUAAUUUUAGACCCACUAAGUUAUAAUUCUAAAGAAUAAUGAUAAUUUUUAGAAUGUUUCUACUCGUGAGGUCUAAGACGAUAUUGUAAAACGGUUUGACAAAAUUGUAUGCUUUUCUGGUAAUAAAAACGUUUACAACGGCA